AAUUGGCCAGUAGUGCGCAUGCGCAAUGGUAGUAGUCCUUGGUUUGUCGGCCUGCUGUAGGUUACGGAUCCGGUGAGGGGGACACACAGACAACAUGCAGAGCUGGACGCAGUUUUACCGGUCGCUGGCCACGCGGAGCCACAACCUUCCCUGCAAACUGCACGGCGCCUCAGCGCUGUCCGUCAGAACCUACGCCGACAAAGCUGCAAUCGAUGCAGACGUCACGGUGGUCGGCUCCGGGCCGGGCGGCUACGUCGCCGCAAUCAAAGCGGCGCAGCUCGGCUUCAAGACGGUGUGUGUGGAGAAGAACACCACGCUGGGCGGGACCUGUCUCAACGUGGGCUGCAUCCCCUCCAAGGCGCUGCUCAACAACUCAUACUUCUACCACAUGGCGCACGGGAAGGACCUGGAGAGCAGAGGCAUCGAAUUUACUGGCCUCACGUUGAACCUGGAGAAGAUGAUGGCUCAGAAGAGCGGAGCAGUGAAGGCUUUGACCGGAGGAAUCGCUCACUUAUUCAAACAAAACAAGGUGACCCAUGUCAACGGGUACGGGAGGGUGAGCGGUAAGAACCAGGUUACUGCCGUGGCGGAGGACGGCAGCGAGCAGGUCAUCAACACCAAGAACAUCCUCAUCGCCACAGGGUCAGAGGUCACACCCUUCCCUGGGAUCCAGAUCGACGAGGAGACCAUUGUGUCCUCAACAGGAGCUCUGUCCCUGAAGAAGGUUCCGGAUGAGAUGAUCGUGAUCGGAGCCGGAGUCAUCGGAGUGGAGCUGGGGUCCGUGUGGCAGCGUCUGGGCUCCAAAGUCACGGCGGUGGAGUACCUGGGCCACGUGGGCGGCCUGGGCAUCGAUAUGGAGAUCUCCAAGAACUUCCAGCGCAUCCUGCAGAAGCAGGGCCUGAAGUUCAAGCUGGGCACCAAAGUGAUGGGUGCCACCAAGAGGCCCGACGGCAAAAUCGACGUGGCAGUGGAGGCGGCGGCCGGAGGGAAGAAUGAGACCCUGACCUGCGACGUGCUGCUGGUCUGCAUCGGCAGGAGACCUUUCACCCAGAACCUGGGCCUGGACUCUGUCGGCAUCGAGCUGGACAACCGAGGCCGGAUCCCCGUCAACAACCGCUUCCAGACCAAAGUCCCCAGCGUCUAUGCCAUCGGCGACGUGGUGGCCGGGCCCAUGCUGGCCCACAAGGCUGAGGACGAGGGCAUCAUCUGCGUGGAAGGGAUGGCGGGCGGCGCCGUGCACAUUGACUACAACUGUGUGCCCUCCGUCAUCUACACGCACCCUGAGGUGGCCUGGGUGGGGAAGACUGAGGAGCAGCUCAAAGAGGAGGGCGUCCCAUACCGAGUCGGCAAGUUCCCCUUUGCAGCCAACAGCCGAGCCAAAACCAACGCCGACACCGACGGCCUGGUGAAGAUCCUCGGCCACAAGGAGACUGACCGGCUGCUGGGGGCGCACAUCGUGGGAACCGGAGCUGGCGAGAUGAUCAACGAAGCCGCUUUGGCGAUGGAGUACGGAGCUUCCUGUGAGGACAUCGCCAGAGUCUGCCACGCCCACCCUACGGUGUCGGAGGCCUUCAGAGAAGCAAACCUCGCCGCCUCCUUCGGCAAAGCUAUCAACUUCUGAUCCUCCGCCUCCAUGAGGACCACAAGGAGAUCCUUGUCUCCUAACAGGAAGCUGCUUCUUCCUCCACAAGCAGAGGAGGAAGCGGGAAACUUUCUUCUCCACAUAUAGUUCUGAAGUUAUUUAAAUGUCCUCAAUUGGAUCAGUCAUUUGCACAGUUAUUAAUCCUACCAUGGAGGUAUGAACAUUAGCAUUUCUGUUUUUUACAGAACUCAACAUUUAUGAUGUUUGAUCACAGCAGCAAAUAAUAAAAGUUCAACAUUGAUGUAUAAAAUAUGAAAGUUCAUUUUUGCAGAAAAAGCUUUUCAGAUUUGGAAUUAAAUGAAGUCCAUCCAUCCAUCCAUUGUCAAACCGCUUAUCCUGCACACAGGGUCACUGUGGGGGCUGGAAUCUAUCCCAGCCAACUUCAGGCGAUAGACAGGGUUCAUCCUGGACUGGUCACCAGCCAAUCGCAGGGCCAACACAGAGACACACAACCAUUCACACUCGCAUCCACACAUCUACGGGCAAUUUAAAGUCCCCAAUUAACCUGAUCCCCAGAGCUUGUCUUUGGACUAAAUGAAGUCACUUUUUUCAAAAUCAAAUUUGUUGCCCCGGCCCAUACUUUAAAUCCCAUUGAGAUGGGAAAUGGUGAAAUAAAAAGUGUCAAACAAAAGAGCACCUUUUAUUUAUUUUUUUUGGUUUCAUUUUUCAGAUUCUUUUUGUAGUUAAUCUGAAAUUGUCUGCUGAUUUAUUUAUGGAAAACUUCGCUUUUGGGCUUUAAAGGGUCUGUGUAGAGUUUUAACCUGUGUUGUUGCCAUGGAGACUAUUGGUGUAUCGAGGAGGCUGGAACGCCAGAGGAGGAGGAAGGCCGGUGAACGACUCGCAGCUUAAAAUAACUAAAACCAUUCUUCACCAAGUUCUUCACCUGCUGGUACCGAUUGGAGAUGAGAUGUUUCCUGCUCUGAUUGCUCCGCUGUGAUUGGCUCUUGUUUAUCUCGUCAUUUAAUGCAAUAAACAGCAGUUUAUUGAAACAAA